GUUAACGUCGUGCUCCCGUGUUUGAGUUUCGAUUUUUGUUUAACAAUUUCAAUUCCGCCCCCGACCAAAGCAAACCGCUCAGCAGUGAGUGGCUACCGUUCGCUGCAAGUCGGGAACAUCGGGAAAAUUAUGAGAGGUCGAGAUACAGACAUACUUUCGAAUCCAUGGAUGGUUUUGGUGAUCGGGUCACGUGUUGAAAACUGUGGCGGUUCGCUUAUCACUUCUCUCUUUGUUCUGACAGCAGCGCAUUGUAUAACUUCUGGGCCCAUGAAAGUACGCUUGGGCGAAUACGAUGAUCAAUACUUCAUGGAAGACUGCAGUUCGGGUAUUUGCAUACCAAGGAGCUUUGAAGUUAAUGUCGAUAGUAAAGUUACUCAUAAACAAUUUAGGGAUUACAAGAAUGAUAUAGGCAUCCUUCGAAUGAGUGAAAUCAUUCCCUACUCAGAUUUUGUGAGACCGAUCUGCAUUCUCAUCGAUGAAGAAAUGGGAUACGUUCCCUUUUUUAGUGUCACCGGCUGGGGUAGAACUGAAAGUAGCGAUUAUAGCAAGAUUCUACAAGUUGCUACCUUAGAAAACAUAGAUCGAAACAUAUGUGCGGAGAUUUUUAGAUCGGAAUUUGAUAUAGCCCAGAUAUGUGCUGGCAGUAAUACCAGCGACUCAUGUCGGGGGGAUUCUGGCGGACCGUUAAGCGCAGUACGAACCUAUAACGGUCUUAAUCGGACCUUCCAGUACGGUAUUGUCAGCUAUGGACUUCGCUCUUGUAGCGGUUUGGGAGUUUACACAAAUGUAACGCACUUAACUGGUUUUAUCUUGAGAGCUCUUGAAUAUUUGCGAACUCGGUAAUUUGAUAAAUCGAUUGUUAAAUAAAGAAUUUAUCCAUUUUUAUCUGA